UAGUACAGAGACUUAUCUUCUCUACUAACAUUUUAUUUGCACUUGGUAUUAAAUUGGUGUGAAAAAGCAGAGAGAAAUAUUUGUGAGACAGAACCUUACUCUAUUUUUGUUUCAGAAUAAUCAAUUUGGUUUAAAUUUACAAGUUUCAGUGUUGACAGGUUUUGCGUUCUGGAGGUUGUGUUGAGUGUCAUCUUUGUGUUGAUCAUCUUUGUGUUUCAGGAUUCAUCAAACUCAUUAUUUCAUACCCCAUCAUUAUUAUAGAUGUAGAUUUAAGAUUUAUUAGUGUAGUUAUUUAGAGCAAGAUUUAGAGAAUUUAGGCUCGAUCUUUAUCUAGAGAAUUACAGGAUUCGUGGAAAGUUAUACUGAUACUUGAAGUGUAAGUGACAAAGUUAGAAAAAUGUAGUGGUAUUGAUCAUUAGUUUGAGAUAUAACUUUGUAGAUUAUUUUUUUACAGGGUUUAUUACAUUGAACUUGAUUGUAUAAUCUAUGAAGAUCUGCUUUACUUUUCUAGUCACAACAGUGUUUAUUAUAACAAUGGCUACAGGUGGAGAGAAAGCAUCAGAUCAUGAGUCCUGGGAAGAAGAGAUUGAAAAGGGCGAAAAAGAUCAAGAAAAGCUCAUACAUGAUGUAGGUAAGAUUGACCCAAAAUAUAAAGUCAUCACAAAGGAAGAGUAUGAGUAUUUAAUGGCUAUGAAGGCCAGUACACCUCUGACAGGUCCAGGAAAAGGUUUUCCAUUUCCAAGUUCUCCAAUACCAGGUAAAUUUCAACCUGCAUUAAACCCCUCAUUCAAUAUGUCAACUUUGCAGAGUAAUUUCAAUACGACUCCAAAGCUUCCGACAUUUAGUGGCAGUGAGGAACUUCAAAAAGGGGAAGUGACCUAUGAAGUCUGGAGUUUCGAGGUAAGGUGCCUUAGAAAUUCACAGGUGUUGCCUGAUGCUGUAUUACUUCAGACAAUUAGAAAUUCCCUCAAGGGAACUGCAAGGUCAAUGCUGAUUUCACUCGGUGAAUCAGCUACAACGAGUCAAAUUUUGGAGAAAUUAGAAGGGUUUUAUGGAAUGGUAAGUAGUAGUGAAACUUUAAUGCAACAGUUCUAUAAUGACUGUCAGAAAGAGAAUGAGAGUAUUGUGGCUUAUGGUUCUAGGUUAGAAUCUACACUAUGUAAGGCAAUCAAACAGGGUCACAUAGAUGACAUUGCAAAAGAUACAAUGCUAUGUAGUAAAUUUUGGACUGGAUUGAGAAGUAAGUCAUUAAGAAAUUCUACUAGAUAUAUCUACGCAAAUAUAACAGAAUUUCAGGUUUUGCUCAGAGAAAUCAGGAAAGUAGAGCAAGAAGAGAUCAACAUGGAGACUGUGAACAAAGAUGCCAAGUCUGCAGCUCUCCAUAGCAGAUCAACAGAAGCUAGCAGAGAUACAACAAAUCAAGAACUUCUCAAAGCGAUUAAAGGUAUUGAGAGAAGACUGGAAAACUUGGAAAAGAAACAAGGUAAUGUAAACAAUUUUCAGUUUGUGGGGAGAGGAAGGUCCUCACAAAGAGGAUUUUACAGAGGCCAAAGUAGAGGUAGAGGUUGGUCUAACAGGGGUAAGUACACAGAUCAAUCAAAUCAAGGUUACCCAAAAGAGUAAUCUCUUCUGUUGUGGGGCGAACGGAAGAGAGUACUGAUUUAUGCCCUAAAGAGUUACAGGAUAGGAUGAUAGGUCCAACAAAUGAAGCAUAUGUCAAAAUUUGUGGGA